AUGGCAUGGCAGGUGGCGGAGAUGCGGGGGGGCAUGGCAGUGCUGUCAGACGCCUCCACAGGCACCACCAUUCUGCUGGCGCUGCCCAUGGGGGGAGGGGAGCACGCCAGCCGCACGGGAGAUGAGGAGCGGAGUAGGGAGGAAUGCGGCGAGUCAGAAGGGGCUAGUGAGGAGCGUGUGGAGCGUGUGGAGGGGGGAAGCGGAUCGCAGGAAGGCAUGGAAGGGCCAGGCAGUGGUGCCACUGCGCAACCAGCAGCACCACAGCAGCGGCAGGCAGCAGGGGCACGAGCGUUGGUGCAUGCGCACACGUUUCCGCAAGCAGAGGUGGAGCAGGCCGGGGCGGGCGUGGAUGGUGCGGGGGAGGCGGAGCGGGUGGUGCGGGCGGUGGUGGCGGGGCGGCGGGUGGCGGUGGUGGAUGACAACGCGGUGAACCGCAUGGUGGCAAGGAGAACGCUGCAGGGCUACGGGGCGCACGUGCUGCUGCUGCCCUCCGGGGAGGAGGUGAUCAAGACGCUCUCCUCUGCUCUUGAGGCGCCUCAACAGGCGCUCUUCUCUGCCCGUGACCCGCCUCAACAGGCGCCCUCCUCUGCCACGCCCUCCCCGCCCAUCCACCUGCUGCUCCUCGACCUGCACAUGCCGCCCGGCAUCGACGGGUGA